CGUGCGCAGUGCGCCGGGGCUGCGAGGCGCUGUGAGGGGAGAGGCGCCGCCAGCGCCGCCCGGGGACCCGUUAGAGCGGAAGCGCAGCCGCCGCCUCUGCCGUCGCGGGGUUCCCGGCAGGUGAAGCGGGAACCAUGUCGAAGCGGCUCCGGAGCAGCGACGUGUGCGCCGACUGCAGCGGGCCUGAUCCUUCCUGGGCGUCAGUAAAUAGGGGAACUUUCAUAUGUGAUGAGUGUUGCAGUGUUCAUCGGAGUCUGGGGCGCCAUAUCUCCCAAGUGAGGCAUCUUAAACAUACACCGUGGCCUCCAACCCUGCUCCAGAUGGUUGAGACCUUGUACAACAACGGUGCUAAUUCUAUAUGGGAACAUUCUCUGCUUGACCCUGCUUCUAUUAUGAGUGGGAGACGGAAAGCUAAUCCACAGGAUAAAGUCCACCCCAAUAAAGCAGAAUUCAUCAGAGCCAAGUAUCAGAUGUUAGCGUUUGUCCACCGAUUGCCCUGCCGUGAGGAUGACAGCGUGACAGCCAAAGAUCUCAGUAAGCAACUCCAUUCAAGUGUGAGAACAGGGAAUCUUGAGACCUGUCUGAGACUGUUGUCUUUAGGAGCCCAAGCCAACUUCUUUCAUCCUGAAAAAGGAAGCACUCCACUCCACGUCGCCUCCAAAGCAGGACAGAUCUUACAGGCCGAAUUACUGGCAGUGUACGGAGCUGACCCAGGCACACAAGAUUCUAGUGGGAAGACUCCUGUUGAUUAUGCAAGGCAAGGAGGGCACCAUGAGCUGGCAGAACGCCUCGUAGAAAUACAGUACGAGCUGACGGACAGACUGGCCUUCUACCUCUGUGGCCGGAAACCAGAUCAUAAAAACGGACAGCACUUUAUAAUCCCUCAGAUGGCAGACAGACGGCUCAGCCUGGAUUUGUCAGAGUUGGCAAAAGCUGCGAAGAAGAAACUGCAAUCUCUGAGUAAUCAUUUGUUUGAAGAACUUGCCAUGGAUGUGUACGACGAAGUUGACAGGCGAGAGACAGAUGCAGUCUGGCUUGCCACGCAAAACCACAGCACCUUGGUAACCGAGACGACCAUCGUUCCCUUUCUUCCGGUCAACCCCGAGUACUCCUCAACACGAAACCAGGGCAGACAGAAAUUAGCUCGGUUUAAUGCCCAUGAGUUUGCUACGCUGGUCAUUGACAUCCUCAGUGACGCCAAGAGGAGACAGCAAGGCAGUCCUCUCUCCAGGUCAAAAGACAAUGUGGAACUCAUAUUGAGAACAGUUAGUAACCAGCACAGCAUUGAGAGCCAAGACAAUGACCAGCCAGACUAUGACAGCGUGGCCUCAGAUGAAGACACGGACGUGGAGACCAGAGCAAGCAAGGCAAGCCGGCAGAAGAGCCUAGAUUCAGAUUUGUCAGAUGGACCAGUCACUGUGCAGGAAUUUAUGGAGGUCAAAAGCGCCCUAGUGGCUUCUGAGGCCAAGAGACAGCAGCUAAUGAAGGUGAAUAACAACUUGAGUGACGAGCUGAGAAUUAUGCAGAAAAAGCUUCAAACUCUACAGAGUGAGAACUCAAGCCUCAGGAGACAGGCCACAGCCAGUGCCUGUCAGGUGCAGACUGGCUCUGACCACAAAGACACUGCAAGCCACUCAUCUCUAAAGCGCCGGCCAUCUGCCCGGGGCAGUAGACCCAUGUCCAUGUAUGAGACUGGAUCAGGCCAGAAACCAUACCUCCCAAUGGGAGAAGCCAACCACCCUGAAGAAAGCCGGACAAGACUUCAACCCUUCCCCACUCAUAUUGGGAGGAGUGCACUUGUGACCUCCUCUUCGUCUCUGCCUUCCUUCCCCUCCACACUUUCCUGGUCCAGGGACGAAAGCGCCCGAAGGGCCUCCAGGCUGGAGAAGCAGAACAGCACCCCAGAGAGUGAUUAUGACAACACUGCCUAUGACCCUGAGCCAGAUGACACGGUGUCAAACCGGAAGGGACGGCAACGGAGUAUGCUCUGGCAAGGUGAUGGCCCACUGCCAGACACAGCAGAGCCCCAUUUGGUUCCUAGCCCCGCCCUCCCCAGCACAGAAGACGUCAUCCGGAAGACCGAACAGAUCACCAAAAAUAUCCAGGAGCUCCUUAGAGCAGCCCAGGAGAACAAGCAUGACAGCUAUAUUCCCUGCUCAGAGAGGAUACACAUUGCCGUAACGGAGAUGGCAGCCUUGUUCCCCAAAAAACCCAAGUCUGACACAGUGAGGACUUCCCUCCGCUUACUCACGUCCAGUGCCUACCGGCUCCAGUCAGAGUGCAGAAAGGCUCUCCCAGGAGACUCAAGCUUGCCCACGGAUGUGCAGCUGGUCACACAGCAGGUCAUCCAGUGUGCCUAUGACAUCGCCAAGGCCGCCAAACAGCUGGUCACAAUCACCACCAAAGAGAACAGCAGCUGAGCUCGGGCACUGUCCUCCUGUUGUCUGGAAAGGCCGGCCACAGACAUGAACUCUUCAGACUUUUACAAAAUGUUUAAUGAUGCUUUCAAACUUUUUAAAAAAAAACUCAGUAUUAUUUUUGCAUGUUUUUAACAGAUUUUUGACUGUAAUUUAACCCUUGCCUUAUUUGUGCCUGUUUGCAGCUUACUUCUGUCGUGUCAGACUGUCACCAAGUGUUUAGGUCAUGACCCCAUGUGUUUAAAAGUUAUUGUUCAGAGUUUGUUACAACUUUUCCAUCCUUUAAAAUCUCUACCCAUGCCUAAAACUAUAAUUGCUAUUUUUAGUAAAACAUUUUCUUAAGAGAUAAGAAAGUUGGAUUUAAAAAAAAAAAAUCAGCAACAUCUGAUCCUUCCAAGCAUUGUGCAAUCAGUAAGCUUUCCAUCCUGCGGGGUCUCUAGGUAUGCACGGAGGGCAGGGCCUCCCACUUCCUAGAGACAGUGCAUCUCUUGGGAGUGACAAGGAGCUGAUCUAUUUCUAACUUUUGUAUCAUGUUAAGUGUUGUCUUAUUUAAUAUUUUUAUCUUGAUUUUUUUUUAUCUAUAAAGAUUUUACCAUCACGCUGAAGCCUCUAUAAUAUCCAAAAAAGUAGUUACGAAUCUACCCUCUACAUCAGCUUCCAGUUGGCUUCAUUCAGAGCAGGAGCACCACCCAUUGUCGGGGCCUGCUUCUCCCCAAACCAGAGAGUUCACUCAGAACCUAAGGCAGAGAGAACUGUGAGCCAGUCUCGCAGGCCCUGCUGACGUCCUUUGCGUGUCUCUGGAAGGACAUCUUCCCAGGUAAGAUGCAGGGCCUCAGUUUCCCCAUCCCCUCAUAGGUAGUGCCGGAAGUGUUCCCUGUGUGCCCAAAGCUCCCCAAAGGCAGAGGUUGUCACCCGGGCCAUGGCAGUGCCGUUUGCUAUGCUGAAGGCGCUUUGUCUGAAUGCUAGAGCCGGGCCAUUGCAGCUUACUGCGUCUCUAAUGUCUGGGUGGAGUCAGGCCCUGACCUGAGGGAGCAGGCAGUGGCUGUGACACCAGCCAGGUGCGCAGCCAAGGGCAUCUGAGGACCCACCCAGCCUAUGAGGACAGCAGCUUCUCCCACUCAUACCCUCAUGCUGCUAUAGAAAAGUAGACUUCAGCUGCCAGCACUUUGGCUUAUCAAGGCACCAGAAAUUUGGGUUUUAUGACAUUUUUCUAAUUAGAAAUGUGGACAGUCAACCCAGACAUGCCCCCUGAACAGGUGGAAGUAAGCCAUGGCCUCUAGGCUGCCUCUCUCAGCCUCUGCUGGGGUCUGUAACCUGCACAUGAGUGAACCUGUGAGCCAGCCCUGGAAGGCAGCCUUCAGUCUCCCAUAGAACGAGCAAAGUGAGGUGACCUCACUGUGCUGAGCCUGACUCAUAAUCCCCAUUACAGUAUGGCCAAAGUGUCCUGGAAAGAGCAUCACCUCAAAGUAGUUCACAGCUCAGAUGGCCCAAACUGUGGCAGCGGAGAGGAUCAGCACUCCAGAGGCCUGGCCACUCCUCGAUACAUGCAACCCCAAAUGCCACUUCACGGUAACAAGUCCAGGAGGGCUUUUGAAAAGGGGCCUGCUGGUUUGAGCUCAGGCAUUGUCGAGGACUACUGCUCUAUCUGGCAGGCUCCCUGGAGCUGGUUCCAAUCCUGAGCUGGUUCCCACCAUCCCCGGGGAGAACAAGCCUCUGUUAGGGGCGGUUUGGUGUCUUCCCAUUAAAUCUCGAAGACGUGCCACAGAGAACACUGUCCAUGGGAAAUCAAGGAACAUGGGGCCAGUACAGCGUUUCCAGAUGCCCUCAGGAACACCAGAGUUCAGAGUCAGUCCCACGUCCUCCUCAGGCUGAAGGUCCUGAGUAGAGGCUUGAGACAGCAGGAGGGGCCACACACAGUCCCUCCUGAGACCUGUGGUUAGAACACACUGUUCCUGUAGGCAAAUGCAUUUUGUCUCAAUGCUUACCCUGGCCACUUUUUGCAUGUGGGUUCCAUCACCUCACAGGGAGCUCUGCAUCCAACGGGGCGGCUCUGUCCCCAAUCUGGUAUUCUGCCUUCCCACCUGUUUACCCCACUUUCUAAGAUGGGGAAGAUGAAGAUACAAUUGAUGGAGCAGGCCCUGCCCCAAGCUCCAUUCCCAGAAGGCACCAUGGCCUCAGCACCAUGGUUCUUGCUUGCCAAAGUCCAGUGUUGUGUGCACUUGAGACUCUAACUGCACAGGGUUGGGCUCUACCCUGACUGCAAUGACCUCCAUCUCAGAAGCUUGCAGUCCAGUCUCCUUCCUUGUCCUAGUCGGAUAUAACCCAUGCUCUUACAAAGCAAUUUGCCGCAUAGAGAAAAGAAGAUACAUUGCAUACCUGGUGCUAAUCCCUCACUCAUCCUCCUCUGGUGGCUUCCCAGUCAGCAUCCUGAAGUUACUGUCCCCUCCUGCAAAAUCGUUCUGGAGUCUGUGCCCACCAGUUAUGCAAUAAAUCAUCUCAAGUGUG